UUAAAAGUUUCCUGUUUAUCUAUACAUUGCCACUCAAACUAACUCUAAUGCGCAUAAUAAUUUGGUAUAGGCACUGCAAUGGUCUCCUUGGGCUAAUGCAGAAGCAUCUCAUGAUUUAGCUUCUCUCUCUCUCUCUCUCUCUCUCUCUCUCUCUCUCUCUCUCUGUGAAAGCAAAAGAACUGAAUCGAGAAAGAAGAAAGGUGAUCAUGAGAAUGGGGGUCGUGCUUCUGAAGAUCAAAAUCAGUCUCCUCCUAAUCCUCCUCCUCCUCCCAGCUUCACUUUUCACAUCGUGUCAUGCAGGUCGAACCUUCAAGUCCCUGGAUAAGUUGGCUAAGGAAGUGGAUGCGAGUGAAAGGGCUGAUCAAGAGGAAGCAUGGAAAGCGACAACAUCAUCAUCAGCGGAAAAGGAGUUAGCAGAGACCAACAUCAUCCACGAAAGGCUCCUUAGAGCAAACGCCAAGGACUACGGAAGGCUCGAUCCAGCACCGGCUGUUGCCAGGCCUCAGCACAAGCCCGUUCCCAACUGAUGGAGAAACCCAAUGACUCGCCGAGAAGCGAGCACUACAUGCCACUACAUAUUAUAAACUAUAGAUUAAAUAAAUUACUGAUUACUAUGGCUCUAUCUCUUACGAUGUUUUGUAGCAUGUCCUAAUGUAAAUUGAAGUAUCAUCUAUAUAUAAUGUGCUAAGUUUUGAGUGCUGGUAGUAAUUUAAUAUUGUGUUUCCUUGCAUAGGUAGCUUUUGAUCAAUUCAAUCCGUCUAGAUUGAAUUUUAA